CGAUGUCAUUCCUCAAUUCACCACCAAGAACCAUGACCGCCCCAGCCCCGUGGAGUGCGAUCGCAUCGCCGCCCGCCCGCCCGCUCAAGGACAUCAUGGACGAGACGCUUGCGCACGAGCUCGCGGCCGAGCCCGCGCCACCGACGCCGCCCACGACGCCAAUCGAGAGCGUCCUCGAGAGCGCCAUCUCGACGGACGCCGACUUUGCUCUGGCGCUGGCGCUGCAAAAUGAAGAGCAGCAGAGUCCUUACACGGUCGAUUAUGAACGCCUCUUGCAUGUCGGCUCGGCGUCGGUCGAGAAUAAUGAUGAUGGCGAGGAGGAGGUGCGUCUCCACCUCAAGGAGCGCACCAAGCGCAAGGACGUCCGCCUCGCCAAGCAGAGCACCAAACACGCGGCGAAGAAGACGACCAAGGCGCCAACGGCUGCCGAUGCCUUUGGGAGCGCGCUCCAAUCGCAGCAGCUGCUGCUCGUGACCGGGUCGGCCGAAGACAUUGCAGCCUUGAAGGCCUUUGCAGCCGAGAAGGCGCCGUCGCUUCAGUGUGCCCUUGUGCUUGAUGCGCGCACAGGCCCAGAGAGUCAAGAUCUCUUGGUGCACUACGAGACGGGCGUCGACGGCAGCGAUGGGACGUGGACGCCGCUGUCGGUGCUCGUACCAUCGUCGGCCUAAUGCCCCACUUAAUCUAGCUAAUACAUUGCGGUACUUCCAACGA